AGGUGCCCCGCACCCUCCUUCCUUCCUCGCCCGGACGGACGCACUUCCGGCGGAUAUGGGGGGGCAACCCCGGAAACGGAAGUGAGCCGCGGGGUCGGCUGACGGUAACGGGCUGAGAAGCUGUUUGCGGAGCGAGUUGAAGAUGAAUGCCAGAGGACUUGGAUCUCAGCUAAAGGACAGUAUUCCAGUUACUGAACUUUCAGCAAGUGCACCUUUUGAAAGUCAUGAUCUUCUUCGAAAAGGUUUUUCUUAUGUGAAAAAUGAACUUCUGCCCAGUCAUCCUCUUGAAUUAUCAGAAAAAAAUUUCCAGCUCAACCAAGAUAAAAUGAACUUUUCCACACUGAGAAACAUCCAGGGUCUAUUUGCUCCGUUAAAACUACAAAUGGAAUUCAAGGCAGUGCAGCAGGUUCAGCGUCUUCCAUUUCUUCCAAGCUCAAACCUUUCAUUGGAUAUUUUGAGGGGUAAUGAUGAGACUAUUGGAUUUGAAGAUAUUCUUAAUGGUUAUAUUCCAUUUGUAGUUAUAAGGACUUCCCUGGUGGCUCAGAGGUUAAGAAUCCGCCUGCCAAUGCAGGGGACACGGGUUUGAUCCCUGGUCCGGGAAGAUCCCACAUGCCACGGAGCAACUAAGCCCAUGCGCCGCAACUACUGAGCCUGCGCUGUAGAGCCCGCGAGCCACAACUGCUGAGCCCACGUGCCACAACUACUGAAGCCUGCACGCCUAGAGCCCAUACUCUGCAACAAGAGAAGCCACCGCAAUGAGGAGCCCGUGCACCGCAACGAAGAGUAGCCCCCGCUCGCCGCAACUAGAGAAAGCCCACGUGCAGCAACGAAGACCCAACACAGCCAAAAAUAAAUAAACUAACAAAUAAAUAAAUAU